AUGUCCACAGCCAACGGCAUACUCGCAGACACCAACGGCUCUCAUGUGGCCUCGCCAUCGCCAGACAUCUUCAAUGCCAGCUCCGUGUCAGAAAUCAAAGCGACGCUGUCGCACCUGCACGACCAGGAAGCCGCGGUGACAGCCCGCCUCGACGCCCUGGUAGCAUCACAACAAGACUUUUCGCGGGAACUCGGACGCCUGGAUCUACUGCGUGCCCACCUGGGCUCGCAGGCAAGCACGACACGGAAUAUCAGCAAUGGAAUGCUCUCGGGCGCCGCCACGACGGCCGGCCGUCUGUCGAGCGCGGUGCGACGACUAGACCUGGAACAGGCCCGAGUCAAAGCGACGCUGGAGGUGGUCGAGCAGGUGGCCGAGCUGAAGGCGUGUGUGCUGGGCGUGACAGGGUCGAUGGAAGGACCCCAGGACUGGGAGACGGCUGCCAGCUAUCUGAACCGCGCAUCCAAAAUCCCUCCGGAAGUGGUUCACGGCGCCUUUGCUGCCCAGAUUGUGCCUACCGCUGAAGUUCCCGACCCGCCGAGCGUGACAUUGAAUAAUGCGUCGGAGUCUCUGUGUGGCCUGUUUCUCCGCGAGUUCGACAAGGCUGUCAAGGAGACCAAUGGCGCCAAGAUAACCCGGUUUUUUAAAUUGUUCCCUCUUAUCGGUCGGUCUGAAGUUGGUUUGGAUGUGUACGGCCGAUAUGUCUGUCAAGGAGUGGCCUCAAGGGCACGGUCUAACCUAAGCACGGGUCCGGAGAACAUGCAAGGAAAGGAAGGUUAUUUCUAUGCAACGGCGCUUACGAAACUGUUUGAGCACAUCGCCCAGAUUGUUGAUGGACAUGGUGGUCUGGUGGAGCGCCACUACGGGUCCGGCAAAAUGACACGAGUGAUUGAGAGGCUACAAGUUGAAGCUGACGUUCAGGGGGGGAUUAUUAUUGAUACAUGGAGCGAUGAGAAGAACGUCGAUCGCAAGUUGACCGAGACCAAGUCUUAUGCUUUUACAUUCUUGGUCCAGAGUUUUCUGCCAACACAACGAUCAGCAGGCACACCAAGAACGGGGUCGCCGGCAAACAGAGACAGCACAUCCACAGAGGAUGAAGGGGUUGACAUGAAAGAAGUCGACGGCAUUCUUAACGAGCUGGCUGUUAUGCUGGGGAGGUGGUCACUUUACACUCGAUUUUUAGCCGACAACUGCGCACCCCCGGAAGAGGCGGAGAAUACAGAAGCUCCCCUGGUACUCCCGGACUUUUUGGUGACGUCUUCUUUGGCCAAAAAGAUUCGAGACCGAUUGAUAGCACCCUUUAACACGAUGACCAUGUUCUUCUUCCGUCGGUCAGUGGAGAAAGCGUUUCAACUGGACGAGCAGCCUUCGGGGCUGACAUUGAAUGUCCACCGGCCUCUCACUUCCGAGCGACCGCACAUCACCUCAGCGGUGGACGAUAUUAUGUACAUUGUCAAUAAAGUGCUGCAGCAAUCCAUCGCCACGGCUCAGGUACAGGUAGUCACCAAUGUCAUACCGACAGUGUCGCGGAUAUUGGGCACCGAUUUCAUUGGAAUGGUGCAGCGGAAGAUGCGAGAUGAAUACUAUAUAAGGCCGCCGGUUCAGGGCACGCAGCAACCGGAGCCAACGGUAGUUGCGUUUCUCGUGCUGAUCAACAACCUGGAUGUCGCCGUUGAUUACAUCCGACGGAUUGUGCGUGGGCAUGUUGACCGCGGCAAGUCCAGCGGAGCAGACGAAGCGGCGGGCGGGUUGGAGUCGUUGUUUCCUCUGGCAGACGAUGCUACUGUUGUCAGCCAGGCCCUGCAGUCGCUGUCGGCAUCGUUCGAGACCAAGGCCAACGAAUUGAUAUCGAACGCGAUUCAGGUCGUGUUCAACAACGUGAUCAAGGGUCGACUGCGGCCCAUUCUUGCGGAUGCCUUUCGGGAUAUUGAGUACCAGCCACAAAACGCCGACGAUCCCACCAGCACAUACCAGUCGUACGACGACGAAGAGGACGAAGAGGACGAAGAACACAGUCGGGCAGAGCUUGUCCGGCCGCGGUUUGCAGCGGCAUGGGCGGAACUGCUACUACCAAUGUCGCGAAUCCUCACGACGACGGCGUUUGACCGGCUGCUCACGGUGACGGUGGCAUAUCUGGCGCGACUACUAGAGAAGCGGCUGUGGUCGUACCACGCACGCGUCAACCCGCUGGGCGCGACGCGGCUGGAGCGGGAUGUCGCGGGGAUUGUCAACGCGGUGAUCGAGGUGGGCAGCAGCCAGGGCACGCCGGUGCGGUACCGGCACCGCGACACGUUUGCGCGCUGCGUGCAGCUGACGAUGGUGAUGGCGAUGGACGAGGACGAGUGGGACGAGGUGGUUGGUGCUGGUGAGGCGGCGGAGGUGGUGGACAAGCUCAACGCCGAGGAGCGCACGCGGGCGCGGGCGAUGGUGCGGUAG